UGAUUAGUUGUGGCUGGAGGUUCCACUGCCAGGCCGGUGUAGUCGAUCCGGAAACGAGGAUGGACAAUCUGCAGGGCGACGGAAGUUGCCCGCAUCCUCAUCAGUGAACUUAUGGAGAGGCGGGUUUGAGGAUACCGGUCUCCAUGGUAACACAGUCCUGCUCCAGCUGCCAUGUUCUCCAUCAAUUUGUCAACAUCCCCCGGUUGUUGUGGUGCUGGUGGUGUUGGUGGUGGUGACGCUGCAGCUGCCAUGGCAACCCAGGGAUCCGAGCAGGCUCUGCUGGCCUCGGACCGCUACGCCAGGCUCAUCCUGGCCCAGAUGAACAAAAUGCGGCUCCGCGCCGACUUCUGCGACGUGGGGCUGAAGGUCGGCGACCGCGUCUUCAGGGUCCACCGGCUGGUGCUCGCCGCCAGCAGUCCAUACUUCUCUGCCCUGUUCUCCGGGGGGAUGAGAGAGGUGGACAAGGAGGAGGUGCAGAUCCUCGGUGUGGAGACGGAAGUCUUUGAGGUGCUGCUGGACUUCAUAUACACAGGUGUGAUCAGCGUGACUGUGGAGAAUGUCCAGGAGCUCAUGGUUGCUGCAGACAUGCUGCAGCUGACUGAGGUGGUGUCUGUCUGCGGAGAGUUUCUCAAGGGCCACAUGGACCCGUCCAACUGUGUGGGCAUCUUUCAGUUCCUGGAGCAGAUUGCCUGCAUGGACAUGCUGGAGUUCACUGAGAACUACAUCCAUGUGCACUUUCUGGAGGUGUGCAUUACGGAGGAGUUCAGGGGCCUGUCGAAGGAUCAGUUGGUCAGGCUGCUACGAAGUGAAGAGCUGAGGAUUGAGGAUGAGUACCAGGUAUUCACCGCAGCCAUGGACUGGGCUCUGCAAGACGUGGCAAAGAGGAAAAAACAUGUGGUGGAAGUGCUGGAACCAGUCCGCUUCCCCCUGCUCUCCCCACAGAGACUGUUCAAGUACAUAGAGGGUAUUACUGACUUUAGCCUGAGGGUGGCACUGCAGACUCUGCUGAAGGAAUACACCGAGGUCUCAAAGUCUCCCAAAGAAAACAAGAUGUACAGUCAGCUACAGCCAGCCAAGAUGAGACCCAGAAGAAAAGCCAGGAAAUACCUCUAUGCCAUAGGAGGUUACACUCGGCUGCAAGGCGGUCGCUGGAGCGACAGCAGGGCGUUGAGCUGCGUUGAGCGCUUCGACACCUUCAACCAGUACUGGACCACUGUGUCAUCUCUGCACCAGGCCCGCAGUGGUCUGGGGGUCGCAGUCAUGGAGGGUAUGAUCUACGUGGUGGGAGGGGAGAAAGACUCAAUGAUUUUUGACUGCACAGAGAGAUAUGACCCGGUGACCAAGCAGUGGGCCGCUGUUGCGUCUCUGAACUUUCCUCGCUGUGGAGUUGGCGUCUGCCCGUGUCAUGGAGCUCUGUACGCACUCGGUGGUUGGAUCGGCUCUGAGAUCGGGAAGACAAUGGAACGAUACGAUCCAGAGGAGAACAAGUGGGAGGUGAUCGGCAGCAUGGCUGUUCCCCGUUACUACUUCGGAUGCUGUGAGCUACAAGGGUUCAUUUAUGUGAUCGGAGGAAUAAGUGAUGAAGGGAUGGAGCUGCGCUCGGCCGAGGUGUAUGACCCCAUCUCCCGCCGGUGGAGUGCCCUGCCCGUCAUGGUCACACGUCGAGCCUAUGUGGGUGUUGCCUGCCUCAAUAACUGCAUCUAUGCGGUGGGUGGCUGGAAUGAGGCGCUGGGUGCCCUGGAGACGGUGGAGAAAUUCUGUCCUGAAGAGGAAAAAUGGAUGGAGGUGGCGCCAAUGUCCACUGCACGUGCAGGCGUCUCGGUGUCGGCGGUUAACGGGCUGUUGUACGUGGUCGGGGGCAGGGCCGCCAGCAGAGACUUCUCUGCCCCGGUGACAGUGGACUCAGUGGAAAUCUAUGACCCUCACCUGGAUACCUGGACUGAGGUCGGCAACAUGAUCACCAGCCGCUGUGACGGAGGGCUGGCUGUGCUCUGAUAUACAGCAAUGUUCAGAUUCAGACUAUGAAAUAUUCAUAUCAGCCCCUGAAACAUCCCCAGACUGCAUCAACUGAAGAGAAGCUGCACCUUAUAAACACAUAAGUGUUUGUUUUUUCUCAUGUAGACUUUCCUUUCAUCCUUUGUGUUAUUUAUACAUGGAUCAGACUAAGUUUUCCUGAUUAUGAGGAUAAUUUUCCACUGCAGCAGAUUAUACUUUUGAUUGACCAGAGUUUUUCUCCAUCGGUGUCCAGGUCCUGUGGGGGAUGUGAACACUGUCCUAGGCUAAGAUGUGAAAGCACUAUUCUUACAUUUUUUGUUUAUCCUCAGAGGAAUAUUUGAGGUGUGUGCAUUGCUACUUGGAAAAUGUAUUGAACCACUUUAGGCCUAUUUGAUGAUGGAACCAAAGGAAACGUGGGGUGAUUUCUGUAAAUAACUGUAAACUUGAACAGCGCACCACUGUUGUCACACCAGCGCAGUGAUCACUCAUUUUUCCACUGGAUUGUUUUAUAUUUACAGUCAGCUGCAUAAGUAUUUGGACAGUGACACUUUAAAAAAUAUACUUUUGCCUCUGCACACACCGCCACUAUUUUUUUGAUUGAUUUUAAAUUAAGUGAUCAAGUUGUGAUUGAGUUGUAGACUUUCAGGUUUAAUUCAACCUUUGCAUUAACCAUUUAGGAAUUUCAGCCAUUCUUCCCCAUGGUUCCAAGAUUUAGAAGUAAUUGGACAUUUGACUGACGAGCAAUUUAAUGGGGGUGUGGCCUAUUCCCUCGUUAUCCCACGAAAUAUGAAGGAGAUUAAAGAUCUGGAGGUUGAUUCAAAUUGUUGAACUUGCAUUUGGAAGCUGUUCAGUGGAAUUCUCGAUAGGUGUCGAUGUAUGCGGGCCAUCAUUAGGCUGAAAAAAAAACUGUCAGAGAGAUGGCAAAAAUAUGGAUGUGGAUAUUCACAGACUUUUUCCUUGAAGUGAAAAAAAACCUCAACAUCCAGCCAAGUCAAGAACAUUCUCAAGGAAGUAGUGUAACAUUGUCAAAGUCUACCAUCAACAGACGCAAUGUAAAUGGAGAAUUGACAACAAGGUGUAAACCACUGGUGACUUUGCCAGAAAGGCUGCCCAGUUCUGGAAUAAGAUUCUUUGGACAGAUGACACCGAAAUAAACUUGUACAAGAAUGAUGGGAGGUGAAAAGUAUGGAGAUGAUGAUCUGCAGCAUACUACGUCAUCUGUCAACCAUGGCCGUGUUGUGGCAUGGGCAUGCAUGGCUGCCGGUGGAACUGGGUCACUGGUGUUUAUUGAUGAUGACUGCUGACGGAAGGAGCUGGAUCCUCAGUGAGGUGUACAAGUACAUGGCUUGUGCUCAGAUUCAGCCAAAUUCUGACAAACUGGUAGGACAGCAGCAUUUCAACACAUACUGCUAGAGCAACCGAAGAUGUUCUUGGGGCAAAGAAAUGGGACUUUCUACAGUGAGGCCAAGUCAACCGCCUGAUCUCAACUGAAUAGACCAGGAUUUUUUGGGGGGCUACUGAAGACAAAACUGAAGGCAGAAAGUCUUACAAACCAGCAGCACCUGAAGGCAGCAGCAGUAAAGGCCUGGCAAAGCAUCUCAGGGGAUGUGGUGACAUCCUUGGGUCCCAGACUUCAGGCAGUCUGCAAAGGAUGUUCAUCAAAGUAUUAAAAAAACCAACUUAUAUUUAUAAUAAUGUCAGUUUAUCCAAUUAAUGUUGAGCUUCUGAAAAUGGAGGGACUAUGCAUAAGAAUGGCCAAAUGGUUAAUGCAAUAUUUCUGUUGAAGCUGAAAGUCUACACUUAGAUCAGAUCAUGAUUGUUUCUUUUCAAAUCCAUUGUGGUCGUGUUUAGAGGCAAAAUUUCCACCGUCCAAAUACUUCUGGACCUGACUGUAUGCUUGUGCCUCUUCGUAAAUAUUCACGCUUAAAAAAAAGAAAAUUGUGAACAUGGAUAAUUUCACUCACUGGCUGCACCUGAACUGACUAGAAUUCACAUUUCAUCUGUCACAUGUUGAUACACAUGGAAAUAAUUGAGAAUGUUGUAUUUUACCUUGUGUCCACCAAGUACUGUUAGUGUCCUCUUUGGAUUUUGUCACAUUAGCACAUGUAACAUUGAGGCGCUGCACAGUGACAGUAUUGCCCAUCGUGUAACUGUUCUCCCUUUCCAAGGAUCAAAAUAUUCAUAUUUCGGAAUAGAAAUUACAUAUUUUAUCGUUUGCUUUUCAUAUUGAAUAGAUUAAAUAAAAAAGUUGGCGUUUGUGCUAGGUUUAAAAUUAA